ACAGUUUCCUUUAGUAUCCGAACAGUGUCAAGCCCCACCGACAGCCAUUUUCUCGGUGGAAGUCAACUCUCGUGUUCCAGCGCCGGGUUCAGCUCGAAUUAGACAAAUUACACAAAAUUCCAAACAGGAAACACCACUAUCAAGUAGAAAUUCGACUAACGUGCAAUCAUGUCUGCAGCGCAAAUAUUCAAUCGAAUUGGGCAAAUUGGUCUUGGAAUUGCUCUGGCUGGUGGGGUCGUUAAUUCAGCUCUUUACAAUGUUGAUGGAGGCCACAGAGCAGUAAUUUUUGACAGAUUUACAGGUGUUAAGAAUUUAGUGUCUGGUGAAGGUACUCAUUUCUUUGUUCCAUGGGUACAAAGGCCAAUUAUUUUCGAUGUGCGCUCUCGUCCUAGGAAUGUACCAGUAAUGACUGGAAGUAAAGAUUUGCAAAAUGUUAACAUCACUCUGCGUAUUCUCUUCCGGCCGAUUCCGGACCAACUGCCUAAAAUCUACACAAUCCUAGGUCCUGAUUAUGAAGAGCGUGUUUUGCCAUCUAUCACAACUGAAGUAUUGAAGGCAGUAGUUGCACAAUUCGAUGCCGGUGAAUUGAUCACUCAGCGAGACUUGGUUUCCCAACGUGUCAGCAAUGAUCUUACCGAGAGAGCUGCUCAGUUCGGCGUCAUCCUUGACGACAUUUCGAUCACACAUUUGACAUUCGGCAAAGAAUUCACGCAGGCCGUAGAAUUGAAACAGGUGGCACAACAGGAAGCCGAGAAAGCUAGAUUCCUCGUCGAAAAAGCAGAACAGACGAAGAAGGCGACCAUCGUAUCCGCUGAGGGUGACGCGCAAGCUGCCAUCUUGCUUGCGAAAGCAUUUGGCGAUGCUGGCGAAGGUCUGGUGGAGCUACGACGUAUUGAAGCCGCCGAAGAUAUCGCCUAUCAAUUAUCCAGAUCCAGACAAGUUUCGUAUCUGCCGACUGGACAAAAUCUCCUCUUGAAUGUACCAACUGCGCCCAUGAAUUAAAAACCGUUUUAUGUACGCAUAGUAAGAAAGUGCAUUUCCAUACUUGAUUAUUUUCGUUUUUGUUUUCUAUAUGUAGUUUCUAUCUAUUCGGGAAAUUAUGAAGUUGUAUGUUGCCAGCGGACGGAGGCGGGCUCGAUUUCGGGGCAAUAUCGAAAAUGUUUGCGGUUGCAAUUCUAUGCAAAUUAUUUUUGAUGGAGACACAUACGACUGAUUUCAUGUAUAAAGUUGUUACUGUUAAUUAAACUACUUUUAUAUGUAACAAAA